AUGGCAGCUUUUCAUCUCCGUUCAAUCAGUUUGCCCUCUAGAUCUCAUCCUCUAACUGUAAGCAUCGAACUGUACAAGUUGAAGGCAUCACAGUCCUCAUCAAUAGGCCACAAAUUAGCUGUUCUGAAAGAGUUGUAUGAUUGCGUUGAUGAUUUUCUUCAACUGCCAUUCACCCAACAAACUUUCUGCCAUGAGAGGCUAAACCAAUCUGUAGAGGAGGCACUGAAUGGAUCUUUAAGAUCGUUGGAAGUGUGCAGCACCACAAGAGAUUUUUUGUCACAGAUGAGGGAAUGUGUACAGGGUCUUGAAUCAUCUAUCCGAAGAAAAAGAGCUGGAGAAUCUGACUGGAAUGAAGUUGAUGUAUACAUGGCAUCUAGAAAAAGAUUGACUAAAGCGAUAUGCAAGCAUCUAAGAAAUUUGAAGAGACGGGAGAAGAACUGCAGAACGGCAACCUUGGAUGAGAACUUCGAUUUGGUGAACAUGAUUAACAUGCUAAAAGGUGCUGAGGAAACUAGUCUUGCUGUGUUUGAGUCCAUCUUAUCUUUCAUUUCCCAUACAAAGCGAAAAACAGAGCUCUUUGGCUGGUCUAUUGUCUCAAAAUUAUUGCAACCCAAGAAUGGGGAUGUUGAAGCCAAUGAAGCAGAGAAGAUCGAUGGUGCAUUGCUUGUCUUGAGGUCAAGCAAAGACAUCGAUCAGGUGCAAAUUGUUUUGAAAGGAUUGGAGGCACUGGAGUCUAGUCUUCAAGAAGCAGGGGAGGAAUUAGACUGUGUUUAUAGAAGACUGGUGAAAACCAGAGUUACCCUUCUCAAUAUUCUGAAUCAUUAG